CCAGGGAGCGGGACGGCGCGGACCAUGGAGCGGACUGUGGGCAAGGAGCUCGCCCUGGCGCCGCUGCAGGACUGGGGCGAAGAGACCGAAGACGGGGCGGUGUACAGCGUCACCCUGCGGCGACAGCGCAGCCAGCGCUCCAGCCCCGCCCGAGGGUCCCGCGGCGACCCGGCCGAGGGCGGGGGCCCGGGCGCGGCUGCGGACACGUUCCUCCACUACCGCACCAGCAAGGUGCGCACGCUGCGGGCCGCUCGCCUGGAGCGGCUGGUGAGCGAGCUGGUGUCGGGAGACCGGGAGCAGGACCCGGGCUUCGUGCCGGCCUUCCUGGCCACCCACCGGGCCUUUGUGCCCACAGCUCGCGUGCUGGGCUUUCUGCUGCCGCCGCCGCCGCCGCCGCCCCCUGGGGCAUACCGCAACAAGGGAAACGAACAGGAUUUGAGUUUCAACAAGAACCUACGGGCAGUGGUUUCUGUACUGGGAUCUUGGCUCCGCGAUCACCCUCAAGAUUUUCGAGACCCCCCUACCCAUCCAGACCUGGACAAUGUCCGAAUAUUUCUGGGCUGGGCAGCCCCAGGAGGGGCUGAAGCUAGGGAAGCAGAGAAGCUUCUGGAAGAUUUCUUGGAGGAGGCUGAGCAAGGGCAGGAUAAGAAGGAGCAGCCUGCAGCUUGCCCAGGACCUCCGGGGAGCACCCAACCCCCCAGACCUGCAUCCCCACAGGGAGGCCUGGAAGAGGAGGAAGGGCUCCAGCCCGAAGGCCCUGAGCUCCUAGACUUCAGUGUGGACGAGGUGGCGGAGCAGUUGACCCUCAUGGAUGUGGAGCUUUUCUCGCGCGUGCGACCCUGCGAAUGCCUGGGCUCAGUGUGGUCCCAGCGGGACCGGCCGGGAGCUGCAGGCAUCUCCCCUACUGUGCGCGCCACUGUGGCCCAGUUUAACGCGGUGACCGGCUGCGUGCUGGGCUCGGUGCUGCAGGCGCCCGGCCUGGCCGCCCCGCAGAGGGCGCAGCGGAUUGAGAAAUGGAUCCACAUCGCUCAACGCUGCCGGGAACUGCGGAACUUCUCCUCCUUGCGUGCCAUCCUGUCUGCUCUGCAAUCUAACCCCAUCUACAGGCUCAAGCGCAGCUGGGGGGCUGUGAGCCGAGAACCAAUGUCCACUUUCAGAAAGCUUUCACAGAUCUUUUCUGAUGAGAAUAACCACCUCAGUAGCCGAGCAAUCCUAUCCCAGGAGGAGGCUACUGAGGGACCUCAAGAAGAUGACAGCCCCACAGGGAGCCUGCCUUCAAAACUGUCCCCAGGUCCUGUCCCCUACCUUGGCACCUUUCUCACUGAUUUGGUUAUGCUGGACACAGCUCUGCCGGAUAUGUUGAAGGGGGACCUCAUCAACUUUGAGAAGAGGAGGAAGGAAUGGGAGAUUCUGGCCCGUAUCCAGCAGCUACAGAGACGCUGCCAAAACUACUGCCUGAGCCCCCAUCCGCCCAUCUUGGCUGCCCUGCGUGCCCAGCGCCAGCUAAGCGAGGAGCAGAGCUACCGAGUCUCCCGUGUCAUUGAGCCACCAGCUGCCUCCUGUCCCAGCUCCCCACGUAUCCGGCGGCGCAUCAGCCUCACGAAGCGCCUCAGUGCGAAGCUGUCUCGAGAGAAAAGCUCAUCCCCUAGUGGGAGUCCAGGGGACCCUUCCUCACCCACCUCCAGUCUAUCUCCAGGGUCCCCACCAUCCAGUCCUAGAAGCAAGGACCCUCCUCCUGGAAGUCCCCCAGCCUCCCCUGGGCCCCAAGGCCCCAGCACCAAGCUGCCCCUAAAUCUGGACUCACCAGGCUCGAAGCCCAUGACCUUGACCCUGAGUAGCCCUCGAGUCUCCCUCCCUGGACAGCCAAGCUCAGAGGCCCGCGUCAUUCGUGUCAGCAUCAACAACAAUCAUGGGAACCUGUAUCGGAGCAUCUUGCUAACCAGUCAAGACAAAGCUCCCAGUGUGGUACAGCGAGCCCUGGAGAAGCACAACAUUCCCCAGCCAUGGGCUCGUGACUACCAGCUCUUCCAGGUCCUGCCUGGAGACAGGGAGCUCCUGAUUCCUGACACUGCCAAUGUCUUCUACGCUAUGAGCCCUGCUGCCCCAGGUGACUUCAUGCUGCGGAGGAAGGAGGAGGCCCAGCACAUGCCCCAUGUCUCCCCGACCUCACUCCAGGCCACACGGACAGCUUGAGACCUGGCUUCUAUCACCAUCAAGAUGAAAGGAGUCACUUUCCUUGGGAACCUCAAUCCCCUGUAGAAGUCAUUUUUCUCUGUAUCUUCUGACCCCUUCUCCCAGACUUAGCCUACUGGACCACAUCUCUCUGACCCCCUGGACAAUUCCAAAGACAUUAUCCACAGUGUGGCUAGAGGGUGGCAAGAAUGUUGAACUUUUUUUUUCAACAAGGUCUUAGAUGAAGUCUUGGUUCUUCUGCCUUCAUCUCCCCAGCACUAGGAUUGCAGACAUGCACCACCACACCAGGUUCAUGUAGCGCUGGUGACUGAAUCCAAGGCCUUCUGCAUUCUCUAUGUCCCCAGCACAAGAGUGCAGAACUGAUUAAGAACAAGAAUCCUACACUGGGCGUGGUGCACACACCUGCACUUAGGAGGUAGAGGCAGGAGGAUGGCCUUGAAUUCAAGGCCACCCUGAGACUCCAUAGUGAAUUCCAGGUCAGCCUGGGCUAGAGUGAGACCCUACCUAGAAAACCAACCAAACAACAACAAAAGAACAAGAACCCUAAAAGCUGAAAGUAUAGCUCAGUGAUAAAACUCUUGCCUAGUAUGCCCCAGGCCCUGGGCUUGUUCUCCAGAAUUGCACAAAACAAUAAGCUAAUAAAUAAACUAAUAAAGCUA